AUGGCCAACGAGAAAUCACUCAAAGAGUCCCUACUGGCCGCGUCGCCGUUCCUGAUCAAAGUUGUGGAAAUCAUACUGGGCUUGACCAGCAUCUGUCUGAUCAUCAGUCCAUACUCGUCGAGGCUGCACACUAGCACUGGCAGAGCGGGUUUCGUGUACUCGGCUCUAUCCGGAGCCGUCCUGGUCGACCUUCUCAUAGUGGUCAGCCAUUUCUUACAACAAAAGAUACCGAAAAAGCCGAGUCUCAUUGUGUCGUGCUGGUACGGCGUAAUGCUGGCCAUAGCCGCCGGCAUCAUAUUCUCCGAUUGGAGAGCGCUCCAGUUUGCCCUCCAGGUGCGUCCGUCCAAGAACCGGAUGGACCUGAUGAUAUCUUCGGCUGUCACAGCCACGCUGACGUCCGUCACGUUUUUAGCCGACUUUGUGUUGACGUUCAGGUACGGAUAA